UAUGUUAGGAGAAAUCCAAUAUUUUUUGUGUCAUUCCACUAAUGUAACAGGCGACACUGAAAGCGCAGAAACGUUUGAAAUUUUUCCAUUCCUUUAAAUCGCGAACACAAGUUCCGUUCCGAUUAGAAGAAUGUCGAAAUUCAGCUUAUUUAAAUGUUACUUUAAAGGAAAACCAUCCAUUCUAGUGCUUGUGUUUUUAAGUUAUUUCUUACAUCUUGGCUUUUGCCAAGAUCUAAUGUCUGGAACUCCAGACAGUGAAUACGAUGAGAAAGCUCUUAAUACGCAUCGGCUUGACAAUCUUAACUUAUUAUUGUACACUUUUUUGCUCAUCCUCACUGUUGUUACAAUAUGGAUGUUCAAACAUAGAAGAUUAAGGUUCCUGCACGAAACAGGUCUUGCUGUAAUUUAUGGCUUAGUUGUUGGAGCCAUUAUUCGUUAUACAGGUCCAAUUACUGAACCGAGGAUUAUUCCUGUGGUACCAGCUACAGGAAUUCAUUACAACCAUUCAGUUCCUCCUGAUAUCUUGUGGCUUCAGCUUUCUAAUAAAAGAAUGUCAUCCAAAGCUUCAGCCACCUAUCUCAACAACCAUACAUUUGUUUAUACUUUCAGAGGAGAAAUUGAUAAUACUUCUCUUAACGAAAUUGAUCAAAAGGCUACCUUUGACCCUGAAGUUUUCUUCAAUUUACUUCUACCACCCAUUAUUUUCCAUGCUGCAUACAGUCUGAAAAGGAAAUAUUUUUUCAAAAACCUUGGUGCAAUCUUUACAUUUGCUUUCAUCGGAACUACGGUUACUGCUUUUGUUACCGGGUCUCUGAUUUGGGGAUUCAUACAAAUUUUCCCAUAUCUAGCCAAAGAUUUUUCCUUUUUGGACACGUUAUACUUUGGUGCUGUCAUUUCGGCUACGGAUCCAGUCACUAUUCUUGCCAUUUUCUCUGAAUUACAUGUCGAUGUCAAUCUUUACGCUCUUGUUUUUGGUGAAAGUGUCUUGAACGACGCUAUCGCUAUCGUUUUAACCAGAGCUAUUCAAAGUUAUGCCGAAAAGUAUAAUCCUAAUCAUGGCGGUUUCGAGAUGGUGGCUUUUUUCCAGGCUGUUGGCGAGUUUUUACUCAUUUUUACUUCGUCACUUGUUCUGGGAUCUACACUUGGAAUUGCAACUGCUCUUUUGACCAAAUUCACCCGUAUUCGCGAUUUUCCUUUGUUGGAAACUUGUCUUUUCGUUCUGAUGUCAUACACCACUUUCCUAAUAGCAGAAGCUACUGAUCUGACCGGCAUAGUGUCAGUCUUGUUCUGUGGGAUGUGUCAAGCGCAUUACACUUAUAAUAAUUUGUCGGAUGAUUCACGUGUCCGAACCAAAUCCUUUUUCGAACUAUUAAACUUCUUGGCCGAAAAUUUCAUCUUUUCAUACAUUGGUGUAUCUAUGUUUACUUUCCCCAAACAUCAUUUUGAUGUCGCAUUCAUUUGCAUUUCAUUUAUUGCCGUGGCUUUAGGUAGAGCGGCCAACAUCUAUCCAUUGUCUUUCUUACUGAAUUUCGGAAGAAAACCUAAAAUAAGUCGAAAUUUUCAACACGUUCUCUUCUUCUCCGGAAUGCGUGGAGCCAUGGCUUUUGCAUUGGCAAUUCGUAACACGAUGUCCAAAGCUCGACAAACUUUUCUAACAACGACUAGUCUGAUAGUUAUUGGAUCCGUCAUUUUUGUGGGUGGAUCUGUAACCCCUCUUUUGACUUGCUUUGGAAUACCUGUGGGCGUUGAUGAAGAAGCAGACCACGCAGCUUUGCCUGGAACACCACACAGAAAUUACGGUUCCAUAGCGCUGCAAACCCCGGGUGGAGACUCGGCCGAAGGCGCAAUAGAGCCUUCCCGAUCCGGUAGCCAGUCGGAGAAAUCUUGGCUGGCUCGCAUUUGGGGAGGUUUUGACACCAAGUACAUGAAACCUUUGCUUACGCACAGCAAGCCAACCCUUAUUGACACGUUACCCCCUUGCUGUCUUCCAGUAGCACGGAUGCUGACCACUUCUGAACAGUUGAAUCAGGGAAGCGGAGCUCAUGGUGAUUCAGAUAUUGAACUAUGUAUUGACGAUACCGAUAGUGUAAGGUCAAGCGGACCGCGUGCUUUUGCUUCCACGCAGCCAGGAUUCCAACGAUUUCUUUAGUGAUUCGUUCCUGUGGAGUAUUUCGUUUCGCCCAACACCAUUUUUAUUCACUUCUUUUGUAGAGGUUUUAGACGGGUAUUUUGUGACUUGCCUUUCCCCAUCACUUAUUCUUAACUGUGACAUUUAAAAGUAUUGGCCUUCAACUUUGUAUUAUCAUUUAAAUUGAUUGGCCAGAUGAGGUUAGUUUGAUUUUCCCCCUUUGCUUGAUUGUUUUCUCCCAUGAAAGGUUUAUUUCGUCAACGAUAGAAAGAUGGCUGUGGACGACGAGGAACGGCAUUUGUUCUAUCCAAUUGUUUCGCCAGAGGCCCUAUCGUGUGAUUCACUAGGCAACAAACUUUUGCCUGGUUCGAGUGUGUGAAACAAAUUUGAAAUAAUUUGUGCAUGUCUCUGUAUUUCCCAUUAUUUUCUUUUUCCCUAACCCUUCUGAAAUUCCUUUCCAUUAAAUAUGCGCUCAAAUCGUCGGCAAGAAAUUGGUGGAGGAAGAAGAAAAAGAAAUCAACUUUUGUCAUCGGCAUUCCGAGAAGGCAUGCCGGCGAAUAUCUUAGCGUCUAGUCCCAAGAGAUGUUAUCCUCUUCUGUUUUAAAUGAUCUAUUUCUGUUCCACAUUUACCCUUAUAAUUUUGUUUUGUUUUCCCGCCUGCAUAUCUUUCAUGACAAAAAAAAAUUACGCAUCAGUGUAUAAAAUAGGGCAAACUCUUGUUUUUAUUUAAUAUCAUUUGGUGUUAAUUGAAAAACAAAUAAAGGUGCCAUGAAUAAUUA